AUGCCGAUGUCAUUUGUUACUGAGACUGGUGCUGAGUCUCAGGACCGUGCAGCUGGGGACGUCACACUGUCUCGGUCCAUGCUGCCAAUUCUAGAGAGGGUCGUUAGGGCUAAUAUUGGUUCUGGAGGCCGUGGGUCAGUUACAGAACGACUCCGGUCGAAUGGGGCUGAGAUAUUUAGGGGUAUCGCUAGAGUUGCUCUGAGUGUAGCCGAGUAUUGGAUGAAGGCCACAGAGUGCAUAAUAGAUGAUUUGGAUUUUACUGAUGAGCAGAAGCUCAAGGGGGCUGAGUCUCUGCUUCGCGAUGAGCUGCGAGUUCUAAUAGCUCCUCAGAGGGAGCGGGAUUUCUCAGUCUUGGUCGAGAAGGCCAAGAUAACCGAAGAGGUGAAGCACUCUGAAUGCCAAAAUCGUGAGAAAGGGAAAGUUAAGAGGGAUUCUGAGUCUACUGGUUCUGGGAUGAGGCCUAAGAAAAAGGCCAGGGCUAACGGGUCCGUUAGAGUUGGGCCUACUGUUGCACCUGUUGGGGUGGCGAUCUGUCAGCUAUGUAAUAGACGCCAUCCAAGUGAGUGUUGGAGAUUUACUGGCACUUGUUUAAGGUGUGGAUCGACUGAGCAUCGAGUUAAGGAUUGUCCACUAAGGGGUCAGAGAGCACUUGGUAGAGGUACUGGGUCGACUAAGGCGAGGCAGCCUGCACUUGUGUAUGUUGUACGUCGUCGUGAGGAUGGAGAUGCUCCGGACGUCAUCAUGGGUAUGUUCCUAAUCCUUAAUGUACCUUAUGUUGCACUGAUAGACAUAGGCUCUACAUAUUCCUACGUUGCAUGUUCUGUGUCUGAGACUUUGGGAAUACCAUUUGAGAGUAUAUCUAGUGAGAUUUUAGUGGUGAGUCCGUUGGGGCAGUCUAUUAGGGUUAGUAAACUGUUCAGAGAUGUUCCGUUGGAAGUCCAAGGGACGAUAUUUCUAGCUGAUCUGAUGGAACUUCCGUUUGGAGAGUUCGACUUAAUCCUAGAGAAGCCGGUGAGGAAAGGAUGUGAGGCAUACUUGGCUGACAUCAGUGUUUCUGAUUCUGUGGGCUUAAUGGUUAAGGACAUCCGUGCUGUGAAAGACUUUCCAAAUGUUUUUCCGGAGGAACUACGUGGAUUGCCUCUGAGUCAUGAGGUAGUUUUUGGGAUAGAGUUGAUUCCCGGUACAGCUCCGGUGUCUAUCUCCCCUUAUCGAAUGGGACCAAAAGAGCUGGUAGAACUGAAGGCUCAAGUUCAAGAGCUGUUAGAUCGUGGGUUAUUCGUCCGAGUGUGUCUCCAUGAGGAGCACUGGUUUUGUUCGUAA